AUGGCUUCCUCGUCGUUCAGAGACAGCAUGAACAACCUGGGAUGGUCACGUCGCGAAGAGCCCGCCAACACGACAUCACAAACCUCCCUCCUGGGCUCAAUACAAAAGUAUAAUCCUUUCAGCAACGAAGGCAAUGUACGACUACCCACACAUGAAGGCGAGGGUCCCGGUGCCCCAUUGCCCGCGCGGACGCGAAGAGAGGAGGAAGAAGGCUGGUUUGCACUAAGUCGAUGGGAUCGCCUAUUACUCUUUGGUGGCCUCAACCUGGCCGCCAUUGCCUUGUUCGUUGUUUGCUUCACGCUUCUGCCCGUCUUGAGCUUGCGUCCGCGCAAGUUCGCAAUACUAUGGACAAUGGCCUCGGUGCUCUUCUUGAGCUCUUGGGCAGUCAUGAUGGGCCCGAUCAUCUACGUCCGCCACCUAAUCUCGCAGGAGCGACUACCCUUCACCGCGACCUAUCUGGGUAGCAUCGUGCUCACGCUCUACUUCGCGAUGGGGCUGAAAUCCACUGUCCUCACCCUCUUCUCUUCGAUUGUACAAAUGGUUGCGCUGGUGUGGUAUCUCGUGAGCUAUUUCCCGAUGGGCUCGACGGGUUUGAGGUUUGCGGCGAAUUUUGGGAUCAGUCGUGUGACUGGGUGGAUGGGCGAUUGAUCGAGCGGAGCGACAGAUUGUGAAGGGAUCAAGAGAAAAAGUGAAGGGAAACCAGCAGAACGUGGUCGCAUUACGGUUGAUAGAUCGAACCGGUGAGUGCAGACAUACAGAGGCGUGGAGACUUGACAAGGAACAGAUUGAAUCUAUCGUGAAUAGACGUAGAGAGUGUCUGCAAAUGAUGGG